AUGGGUUGGCAAACAGCUCUCGAGUAUAUAUCUAGCCACGCCCUCCGUCACGCUCCAUGUUCUGAUUUCCUUCUCUCACCAAGCCAUCGUAACUCAAACCAAUACACCAGACCCUACCAUCGUAUCUUUGUAGUUCAAAGUUUUACCUCGAACCAGCCUGCCAUCACCAUUGAUCACCAAGCGCAACCAAGAACCACCAUCGCCAUCACAACCAUUACCACCAGCAACACCAGCAACACCAUCACCGCCCUCACCACCACUACCACCACAUCACGCAAGAUGUCUUCCAGAUACAGCAACGCCAAGCCGGUCGUCCACCAGGCCCCGGCCUCGAUCAACAGCGACUACUCUUCUCGCUCGUACGGCUCCUCCGCGCCACGCUCCGUUUCGCGAGGCGAUGAGGCUUACCUCCGUGUCUACGGCGCCUCCGGACACCAGGCCACGAUAAGACACACGGCCCCGGGCGUCACCGUCAUCAACCGCAACCAAACCAGCCAAGAGAUUGACGCGCCGACACCGCCUUACGUCGGUGGUUACUCGAGGCACUGA